AUGUCAACGAACCGUCCGUUGCAGGUAGUCAAUUCGAGUGACAGGAGCACAGAUUUAAGUGGAAUUUUUGCUGAAUACAUACUUGGAAAGCGUUUCUUCAGCUGGGAUGAAUUUGAGAAGUCAUUAGCAGAAUUUCAAAAAUUAUCCUACACUCACUAUGUUCAUAAUUGCAGCAAAACGAUACCGGAUGCCAGGUUUAAGUACGCUUAUGUUGGUUUUAAAUGCACUUUUGGAGUGAAUCGUACAAGACCUGGAUUGAAAUUGAAAAACAAGUCGUCUAAAUGUUGCAAUUGCUCGUCUUCAUUUCGCGUGGUUUUGCAUUAUAGUGAAUACAUAAUUGCUUCCCACAAUAUGGUGCAUAACCAUCCAUGCAGCAGGGUGUACAUGCAGAAUGACCCAUGGUAUAGACGACUAACAGUUGAAGAGAAAGAAAAUAUUGAACCACUUCUUCAGCAAUCCCACUCAUCCGAUGAAAUAAUAAUGCAUGUUAAGGAGAAGUACAACAAGGAUAUAACUCGCAUUGACGUUAAAAAUAUGAAAGCCGCAGUGAAUAAAGGUAACGUUGACGUACUUGUUACAUACUUAAGGUAUUUCGAGUCGUCGUGA